AUGACAGGCUGGACACCCGGACCGACUAUGACAGGUAUACCGGUUCCGAUUUCCCCGGUGGAUGUCGAUCUUGAAUGGACCUACAAACAGCAAACUGAUGGAUCGUACAAGUCGUUUGCAGAAUGCCUGUUUGAAAACAAGAAUGAAACGCAGUACUAUUUUGUGGGAUGGUACGUGGAUGCCGUAUCAACCCCGGUAUACAAGACAGGCAUAUCCAAGGCAAACGUUGCAGGCUUCAACGCUGUAUCCGUGUCCACUCUUAUUGUCGCCUAUCGCGCAACUUCAACGUUAUCUCAAACAUGUGCAAUUAAUCGCAGGUGGAAAUGUGCAGUGACUGUUGUUGAUUCCACCGGAAAGGCUCUUCUUCCUGCAGUAGCCAGCAAACAUGAGGACAUCAUUAAGAUUGAAACCACUUACGUAACUAUGAACCGAGGGGCCAGUGCGGAAAUCCAAUAUUCCGUCAACGUUCCUAUCCUGUGUCAACCCGACAAACAAUGUGGAAUCAACGUAAAAGUGUAUGAUGAAAGUGACGACUACAAAUGCGAAAACUCGACCGUUGCCGUGCGGCACACAAAAAUGUGCGGAGAUGUCGUUUCGGGUGCCAAUGCUACAACGAAAUUAACAAACAGUUCGACGAAUUCGAUCAAGAUAACCACAAAGAACAACAACUGGUUUGAGCUCAAGGACAACUUUACGCUUACCAUGGAGGUUGAAGGCUUUGGAACAGUAGAUGAAUUUUGGGACAACUGUAAACUUGAUACGAAAGUCAAGGUCCAUGUCGAAGACUACAAAAACUACUGGAUGCAUAACUACUGUUACGCAAAUAACGAUCCCAGAAUUGGAACCUUCGACGGGGCAUACUUCAGCUUGAACAUGGCAGGGAACUAUACGCUGUACAAACACAAAACUCUUCCCAUUCGGGUCGAAAUAGAAACCGAGAUAUGCAAUGGGGUAGGCGCUUGUACAUGCGGUGUGACGGUGAAUGCGGGCAAAGACGUGUUCGCUAUCAACCACUGUGGGGGAUACCACAUGAUCAAGACGAUCCAGAACACAGAGAAGAUCAUGAGUGUUAGGGAACUCCCGGGGUACAUGCAUACUUUCUACCUUCCACAAGGCACCAUGAUUAACGUGGACUACCACGUGGGCGUGUUCUGGAAGACGAUGAACGUUCAGAUCUUCCCGUCUCCUGACGACAUGGACGACACCGAAGGACUUUGUGGUAACUUCAACAAUGAUUGGGAGGACGACUUUACCCACAGGGACGGUACUGUCACCGUGCCAAAGGGAGAAAGGUACUGGGAUUGGUUCUUCUCAUUCGAAGACCCGAACGAUUUCAGCGAGUCAUGGAGAGAGGAAAUUCCGUUAUUAAAAUUGGCCCAAGAUGGUAAUCUUGAUAACGUUCUUAAUCCAUGGGACGAUAAUGCCAAGUACUGCGUGUGCCCACUGGUGGGUGGAUUGCGUCAACCAAUGUGCCACAGGAAGGAAGACAAGACGUGCACAAAGUCAAAGGUCUACGCUGGCAAGGAGAAGGUGAUCAUUGGAGAGACGAAGCGGUCCGUGGAUAGCCAGCACAUGGACGACAUUGCGGAACGAUUGGGGAUGUUGGGUAGAAUGAGGGAGAUGAACAAACUGCAGCGCAAAAAGAGGGCAACACCAUCCAACUACACCACCGCACAAAUAGACGAUGCUAAAGCUAAAUGCGAGGCAUACUUAAAAGAUGAAUGCAUGGAUGGCAUCACAAUACUUGGAAAUAAGACAGAGAAAAGCUCUUUGGACUGCGCCAGAGAUCUUGUGCUGAAUCCGAACGCUUCCGAUGCCCAGCAAGGCAGCUGUCGGGCCGUGAAGACCACAAUAGUCACAACCUUUGUAAAGGACAAGGAAGCGCAGGAGGUAUACAAAGAACAAUUCGAUAAGGCAACGAAAAUGUGCAUCGACGACUGUAACGGGCAUGGGAAAUGCAAUGACAAAGGCGCCUGCGACUGCACCGGGGACUACGACCCGCUGACGAACUGCUCCCUGAGCCGCAGUCAGAAGCCCACCCUGUCGGGCCUGAGCGGUGGUGGGCUCAAGGACGGCAAGUGUGACCGGAAGAAGACCGGCUGUAACGCGUUUACCAUCGCCACAAGCGGAUGUACGUCCUUAAGCAAAUGCAAAACGAAUGUUACCACGCACUACAGUGAUGGAACAAAAGUAUCUUCAGAAAAGGAGCAAUCCUGUACAUGUUGUAACGGUUUUGAUGUCGAGUAUGACGUCAGUGCCUUUACAGGUGUCCGUAAACGUCGAUCCAGUGACACUGCGUCUCUUGGAACAACGGUUGGCGUCGCAGUCAGCAAUGACGGCAGUACAUACAGUGACUCAGCGUCCUCCGUGAAUAUAAUUCUGGACAGCACUUGCAUCACAAGCGAUGGAACAAACUUUGUGCUCGACGCUGAAUACUGUCUCAUUGACGGCGUGUGCUAUGCUACUGCGAGCACAUCAAAUAAUGGUUGUUAUACCUGUGAUAUGGCCAACAGAUUUAAAUGGACAAUAUCUAUUGGUUUCUGCGAGAUUGGUGGUAUUUGUUACCAAACGUUCAACGCUAAAUCUUUAGCCCUAUCAUGCCUCACCUGCGUACCAACAACGAGUCAAACAGAGUUCACACAGACGGCUGAUACAUGUGUCAUCGAUAAUCAAUGUUAUAAUAACAACGGAUUCGAUAUGGCAACACCCUGCCGGUAUUGCAACACUGGCAAAACAGCUACGUCAUGGACAAUGAAGGACGACACCUGCUUUAUUUCGGAUGGUUGCUAUAGCGACAAGGCCGAUAAUCCAUCGAACGGUUGUCUGUAUUGUGACUCCAAAAACUCUACCAGCGACUGGCAGACUUAUACGAACAAAACAGAAUGCCAAUCUAAAGAAAAAGCCGGUGUAUCUGGAGGAAUCAUUGCGGCCGCUGUGAUCGUCCCCAUUCUGGUGUUGGUGGGAGGUAUCGCCACUGGAAUCUUCAUCUACAAGAAAAUGCAGAAGAAAAAGAUAAUGGAUGCAAGGAUGAAUGGCAGUUUGUACGACGAAACACCAAAGAACGGUCGUUUUCGAACACGCGUCACGCCCACCCCCUAUGAUCCGGUGAUUCCCGCAACGCCCUACAACCUCCCGAAAGAUGAAGUUAACCCGGACAAACUGAACAGUAGCCCGGACAAUCUGUACUCCGACGACCAGACAACCCUGUUGAAUCUGACGCCUAUCGCGGCCCCUAAAAUGCCGACGGUGCCUACCAUUGGAGCCACUUUCCCGGCGCAACAAAUGUCCAGCGCCGGCCGCUCCAACAUUAUGUUGAGCCUUGCCGACGAAACCAAAGAAUGAAAAGUGAUGAAACAACUCAAAUUGAUUGAACAAUAUAUUAUAGUUUUAUAAAAAAAAUUUCGAUAUCUAUGCUUGUUCUUCCCCAUGUUAUUUCAUCUUUUUCUUUGACUAUGACUUCUUUUACGGCCACUCCAACACUAUGUUAAGCCUUGCCGACGAAACCAAAGCUUACACUGUGAUGAAACUACCGAAUUUGACUGAAAAAUGUAUUAUAGUUUUAGCAUUUUUUUAUAUAUUGAUGUGUGUUGUUCCCCACCAUAAUUUUUCCUCUUUUUUUCUUAUUUAACUUUACAGAGAUGGAGAUAUUUCACGAAGCCGAAGACCAAAGCUAAAACUGUGAUGACACAACCAAAUUUGACUGAACAAUGUAUUCAAGUUUUAGCAUUUUGUUUUCAGUAUAUAUGAUUGUUGUUACCCAUGUUGUAUUAUCCUUUUAAAAAUAAUUCUCCAUCGUUCAUUUUAACCUUUUUGCAGUAACUGAUUACUCAUUUUUUGUUGACUGUUUUUUAAUAAUAUAACUCUUAUCGCGUAAUACUGUAUAAAUUAACAGAUACUUGGUCACAAUUCGUAUGAUGACCUUUUUCAGACUAAUUCAAACGGUUCUUACGUAUAUCACCACUGCUGUAUAAUAUUAAUCUUAGUUCUCUUCAUUUUGUCACCCAUUUUGUGUCCCAGCGCCUUUGAAACAACCUAGCUUAAUGUAAUCACCUUUAUAUUCAACUUUUCUAUGCUUUAUAUGUUUCUCUAUCUUUCACCCUGAUAUGUUUACAGGCUGGUCCUGUACCUUAAUAAGUUUCGUUUUCGAGGCGUGAUGCUCCACAAUGGUUCUUGUUAAGGAAGAACAUUUUUACAUAAGUCGAUAAUGACAUAGUGAAACGAAAGUUUGUUUUGGAAACAAAAGUCGUUAAACACUUUAAUGACGUAGCUAAAAGUAGAAUAACUUUCUAAACGAAAGCCGAUGAAACAACUUUGGAAUACGAAAGACUAAUGUUAAACGAAUUCUAUUACGAAUAUAAACUUGGUAUGAGAAGUGAUAUACAUAAAAAAGGAAAGUCCAAUAACAUUUUUAUAAUAUAGAAUUUGGAAGGAUAAUAUUUGAACGAAAGUCGGUAAACACUUUCGUACGGUAAAAAAGGAAUUACUCUUUUGGCAAUGUAAAUCGAUUAACAUUUUUAAAAGUCGGUAAAUGAAGUGUUCUUCAGACGAAAGAUGAAACCAAUAGAUAAGUUAUAUUUUAUUAUAUUUGUUUUACAACAAAUCUUGAUUAACGUUUUAAUGCUUACGGUUUUGGUCAAUUAACAUAUAGAAAAGUUCUAUGAGACAUUGGAAUGAAUUAUAAGAAAGAUAUAUAACACAACAGUGUAUAAACUCUAGAAACACUUGACACAACAUACUAAAAUAUAAUAAUACAAACACAAACAAAUACAACAUCGACACAAUCUUUUGUUGUGUUAAAAUUUAAUGUAAAUAGUUUAAAACUAUGUUAGAUUUUUGUUACAUAUUAUAUUGAAUACAUAAACGUUGUUUUGAUGUCUUUACUGAAUGUAAUGGAAUAUGUGUCGUGUUCUGACAAAACUGGGCAAAAUGCUUGUGCGUAAAUUGUCAUCCCAGAUA